AUUCUUUAUUGUGAACAAAACAAGAAAGAUGAGUGGCAGGGGCAAAACCGGCGGAAAAGCUAGAGCGAAGGCUAAGACUCGUUCAUCUAGAGCCGGACUCCAGUUUCCAGUUGGUCGAGUUCAUCGGCUGCUGCGAAAAGGAAACUAUGCCGAACGUGUUGGUGCUGGCGCUCCAGUUUACUUGGCUGCCGUGCUCGAGUAUCUGACUGCUGAGAUCUUGGAGUUGGCUGGUAACGCUGCCAGGGACAACAAGAAAACCCGUAUCAUUCCCAGGCAUCUGCAACUGGCGGUGCGUAACGACGAAGAGUUGAACAAACUUCUCGGAGGCGUCACUAUUGCUCAAGGCGGAGUGUUGCCGAACAUUCAAGCUGUGCUGCUCCCCAAGAAAACCGAAAAGGCAGUGAAGGCAAAGUGAUAUGUCUCUAACGAGGACCAUUCAUUCACCCAAAGGCUCUUUUAAGAGCCACCUACAUCUGUAUCAAGAGCGCAAAGCUGCUAUUUCAAUCUACUCAUCUUAAGUUGACUUGUUCCGUGCUGUAUAGUGCCAGCACUAAAUACGCAUGUGAUUUUUAAUACUUGUUUGUAGGUCCUGGGGAUCAUUGUACACCUGGUUGUCGCAAACGCACAUUUUUAACAAGAAAAUAAACGUUCUAAUGAGAA